UGGUUCUUCGUUGCAGGAGCGAGACGAUCAUUGUCGCAGAGGAAACGAGGAGCGAAAGCAGAGAUACCCGUCAGAACAAGAGCACAGGAGAGACAGAAGUGGCGACAGAGACAGGCACAGAGACCACUCGGACAGAAGGAGGAAUCCCAGCGAGAGGCCGGGAGUUCGUGGCCACGAGCGAGAGAGGGACGUUCAGAACAUCCGCGAGCAGCAGGCAGAGAGGGAGCUCUACAACGAGCGAAGACGGGAGCAUCGACAAAGUAACGAGGGCAGCGGUGUUGACCAGGAUCCAGAACUCCGGCAAUCUGAUAACAAACCUAAAGAAAAAGCUCCUGUGAACAAAGAGAAGCCAAGCUUUGAACUGUCUGGGGCGCUGCUGGAGGACACCAACACCUUCCGAGGCGUUGUGAUUAAGUACAGCGAGCCCCCCGAGGCCCGCAUCCCGAAGAAGCGGUGGCGCCUCUAUCCUUUCAAAAACGAUGAGUUUCUCCCGGUGAUGUACAUUCACAGGCAGAGCGCCUACCUGCUGGGCAGGCACCGCCGGAUCGCGGACAUCCCCAUCGACCACCCCUCCUGCUCAAAGCAGCACGCCGUGUUUCAGUACCGGCUGGUGGAGUACACCCGUGCCGACGGCACCGUCGGCCGCCGCGUGCGGCCCUACAUCAUCGACCUGGGCUCCGGGAACGGCACGUUCCUGAACAACCAGCGCAUCGAGCCUCAGCGCUACUACGAACUGAAGGAGAAGGAUGUGCUGAAGUUCGGGUUCAGCAGCAGGGAGUACGUUCUCCUCCAUGAGUCUUCGGAUAAAUCUGAGGCUAACACAAAGGACGAUGAUGAUGACGAUGAGAAGGAGGAAGAGUCUGACAGUUAACAGACGAGGAGGAAGUGGAGGGGAGGGCAGGGGAGAGAA